GCCCGUGGGCCAGCAUGGACUUCCCCGACUGCCUCCGCCCCUCGUUAUUCAUGAGUGGCCCCCUGGGCCUGAGCGACAGCCCUGACCUGUCCUUCAUGUGCAGCUGGAGAGAUGCCCUCACCCUGCCUGAGCCCCAGCCGCCCAAGAACAGGCUGCCGCCCCUGGCCAAGGACCUGCUGUGGGAGCCGGCCACGCCAGGGCCCCUCCCCCUGCUGCCUCCUGGCCCGGAUCCUUGGGACCCCGGUGUGACUGCGCAGGACCUCCUGUUCCGCACAGGUUACCUGUACCGCCGGCGACCACGCGUCGUGCUGGAUGUCACCGAGCAGCUCAGCCGCUUUCUGUGGGAUCAUGGGGACAUUGCCUUUGCACCCCUGGGGAAGCUGAUGCUGGAGAAUUUUGAACUGGACGGAGACCCGAAACGCACGAAGAAGAGCACGGUGGUGAUUGUGAAGAAGCUGCUGGAGGACCUCGGAGGAUACCAGCCGUGGGGGUGUCCCUGGGCUUCCCUCAGCCACCGGCAGCGCCGUUUCUCCUUCCUGGGAGGCUCAGUGCUGGGCAGGUCGGUGGCCAGCGUGCUGGGGGAACUGCUGCACGAGGAGCUGGCCCUGCGCUGGGAGCAGCUCCUGCUGGACGAGGCCUUCACUGGGGGCGCCUUGGCCUGGCUCCCUGGCAGGACGCCCCGAGUCGGACAGCUGGUCUACCCUGCUGGGGGCGCCCUGGACACCCUCCACUUCCAAGAAGUCAGCCUGGCCUCCGGGGGCAGGCCGCGCGUUCUUGGGACCCCUGGACGCAUCCAGCUCCGGGGACCUGUCCGGCAGGUGGUGACCUGCACCGUGCAAGGAGAGGCCCUGCUAGCCGUGCGCUCCAACUAUCACUGUGCCGUGUGGAAGGUGGGGAAGCAGGGGCCGCCGACCCCUCUGCAGGUGCUGCAGGUCAGGAAGGGUGCUGCGGGCAUCAGCCUCAGCCCUCACCUGCCAGGGGAGCUGGCGGUCAGCAGCCACUCUGGAACCAUCUGUCUGUGGACCCCCGAGGAUGGGCUGCGGCAAGUGUACAAGGACCCCGAGACUCUCGUGUUCCGCGACCCAUCACCCUGGCGCUGGGCGGACUUCACUGCCCAUCCCCGGGUGCUGACCGUGGGUGACCGCACCGGCGUCAAGCUGGUGGACACUCAGGGCCCUCCCGGCUGUGGUCUGCUGCUUUUCCGUGCUGGGGCAGAGGCUUCCUGCCAGAAGGGGGAACGUGUGCUGCUCACCCAGUACCUGGGGCUGCCCAGCCCUGGGGCACUCCCUCCUACGAUGCAUCUCAUCUGUACCCAGUUCUCGCUCUACCUGGUGGACGAGCGCUGUCCCCUGGUGCCAAUGCUCAAGUGGGACCAUGGCCUCCCCUCCCCACCCCUGCUGGCCCAGCUGCUGCCCCCACCUCAGCCUGGCUACCCACAGCCCCUGCUCCUGGGCGCUCAUGGCGGGCAGCUGCAGCUACUUCAGCUCACAGGAGACGUGAGCUCCACACCCAGGCUGGCAGGACCGCCCCAGUCACUCCCGUCCAGGACCGACUCCCUCGCUGCCUUCCCCUUGCUGGAGCCCAGGAGCCACUGGCAGCUGCAGGAGCGCCUGGCAGCACCAGCCAUAGGUCUGGCUGCUGCCUUUGUCCCCAUGGCCCCGACACCAGCACUGUCGGUCUUCCAGCUCUCGUCGGCAGGAGACAUCUUCUACCAAUAUCUCCACCUCCAGGCCAACUCCAGCCCCCGCCAGGACAAGCCUGGGCCUGACUGCCAGACCUCCCAGUCAGCAGAACCCUCCCUGAACAAGCCACCCACAUGCCCCACUUCCUGGACACCCCAGGCCACUGCCUGCUGCGGCCGGUGGCUGGAUGCCUUGCUGGAAGUGCCCCCGACCCCCCCAGUUUGGGCUGCGCCCACCUUUUCCCACCGACGACUGCUCCCUCGACUGGAUGCCCAGCAUGUUGGAGGGAAGGUGCCAGAAGUCCUCCGGACGGCCAUGGCUGAGGGGCGGCUCCUGCAGCCCAAGGACCUGGGCUCGCUGCCUGCAGCUGAGCCACCCCCCGCACCGGAGUUGGCCCCCGAGGACGAGCUCAGUGAGCGCCUCGGGGAGGCCUGGGAAGGCCGCGGGGCGGCCUGGUGGGAGCGGCGGCAGGGCGGGCCAAUGGAGCCCCGCAGACAGCUCAGGCGGGCCAAGCGGCGGACACAGCUGUCCAGCACCUUCUCGCUCAGCAGCCAGUUGGACCUCUCCAGUGCCAACAGCCCACCUCCCAGCCUGGACCGGACGUGCCUGGAGGCCGGACCAUGUUCCCCAGUUACCUCAACUUCCCAGGAGUCCAGGGCUCAGGGUGUCCCCUCGGAGCGGCGGCAGAGCCUCCGGAGCUACGGGGCUGAGCUACCCCUGCAGAAGGACACCCCAGACUGUGCCGCCACACCCCCCUCUCAGGUCUCUGGCCUCCGGGCCACCCCUUCCCAGCAACGCACCCCUGUCCUCCCCAGCUCUCAGCCCCAGCGCAAGAGGCCUCGCAUGGGCUUCUGAGGGUGCAGGGAAGGCGGGGUGCCUUGUGCCUUCCACAGGACAUAGCAGCCUCCAGCCUGCCCUGGGCUGAGGGAUCCCAGUGUGGCUUGCUCAAGUCUGAGGGUACUUGGCCUGUUUGCCUGCUGGUAAUUGCAUAAGGCAAUUGCAAGGUGCCGGCAGUCUGGCCCUGUUGGUGGUGCCAGGAGGCAGGUUCUCAGGUGAACCAGGUGGGCAGUGCCAGCCCCUUGGGCUCUGCGCUACCUGGCAGUGCCACUCGGGAACAGUGCAGCGUGGUGCACGGCUGCUGUGGGUGUGAGUAGAGAGAUGCACUGGCUGCCAGCUCAGGGCAAAUAAAAUGAACCACUCUCCUAGACUGGGCUCUUGGCACCAG